AUGGCGUGCAUGGUGGUGAGCGCUGCAACCGGGGUGUUGAGCUCACUCCUCUCCGAGCUAUCAGACCUGCUCACUGACCUGUACAAGCAACGCAAGGGGGUCCGAAGGGAUAUUGAGUUCCUCUGCAGUGAGUUGACUGACAUGAAUGGAGCACUGGAGAAGCUGGCGGGCAUGGAGAAGCUUGAUAUCCAAACAAAGGUGUGGAGAGACAAGGUUCGCGAGAUGGCCUACGAUAUCGAGGACAGUGUUGACAUCUUCAUGCACAAGCUUGGCCAAGAAGACGAUGACAAGGAUGGAUUAUUUCACAAGAUUUCACGCAAGAGCCAAUGCCGAGAUAGAUACAUGAUUGAUGAAUCGAUCCCAGAAUCUAGGGUAGUGGAAGUUGACCCAAGGCUGCCUGCUAUGUUUGAGGAUGCAAAGAGGCUUCUUGUGGGCAUUGAUGGUCCACGGGAGGAGAUCAUCAAACAGUUGAUGGAAGAAGAUGACAGCGAAUCUGGAAGACUUAAAGUGCUGCCCAUCGUGGGUUUUGGUGGCCUCGGCAAGACAACACUUGCAAACCAAGUGUAUGCUAAAAUCAAGAAUGAGUUCGAAUGCACGGCGUUCGUGUCGGCCUCUAGAACUCCUCACAUGCCAAAGAUCCUGAAGGACAUACUCUCCAGAGUUGGAUAUGGUGGCACAGAAAUGGAAGAUGACGUCCAAAAGCUAAUCGAGAUCCUUAGAGCAAGGCUCACGACAGGGAUUGACAUAGAAGUUACUUACUUUGCAGAAGUUGGUACAGCCUGUUGCUUUCCAAGUCAAGGCUAUGUAUACCAGAUGCAACCCCUUAAUGAGCUUCACUCAAGAAGGCUGUUUUUCAGAAGGUUAUUUGACACAGAAGAUAGUUGUCCUGAGCAAUUCAGAGAGAUUUCGAAAGACAUGUUACGGAAAUGUAAAGGGGUGCCGUUGGCAAUUACAAGCAUUGCAAGCCUUUUGGCUAAUACACAAAGCAUGCACAUUGAGAUAUGGGAGAAGAUACAUAAUUCAUUGGGUUCAAUGUUGGACACAAAUCCUACACUGGAAUGGAUGAGGCACGUGCUAAGUCUUAGCUACAAUGGCCUGUCCUAUGAGCUCAAGACAUGCUUGUUGUAUCUUGGUAUGUAUCCUGAAGACUAUGAAAUCCCCAAGGAAGGUUUAGUGAGAAAAUGGAUAGCUGAAGGAUUUGUUACGGAAAAGCGUGGUGUAGAUCUGGAGGAAGCUGCUGAGAACUGUUUGAAUGAACUCAUCAACAGGAGUAUGAUCCAACCUUGCUUCAAUGAACAUGGUUUUGGUGAGGUGUGGGCAUGUCAAGUUCACGACCUAAUGCUUGAUCUUAUUAUAUUGAAGUGCGAAGAGGAAAACUUCAUCACUAUAAUUGAUAGGAAGUAUCCAAUGAAUGGAGCAUCACAAGUUCGCCGGAUCAGCCAUCAGUUCAAUAACAGAGACAUGGCCUUAACAGUCGAGAGUAUGAGGGCAUCACAGGUUCGGUCAUAUAUUUCCUUCCCUGCGGUUGAUUGUAUGCCUCCACUUUCGAAAUUUGAGCUUUUGAGAGUCUUGGACAUAAAACCUAGAACUCCUAUGACCUCUAUGUGCCUUGAUUUGUCUGCUAUAAAUCACCUUUUUCUGCUCAAGUAUGUGAGGGUCAGUGGCUUUCGUCUCAAGCUGCCAAAGAAAUUUGACAAGCUAAAGCAUUUGAUGACCCUUGAUAUGCUCAAGCCAUGCAAGUUGUGCAACCUACUUUAUCUGUCCGGUUUUGAAAUUGGGAUUAAUUCCAUUGAGUGCAUCAGAGAUCUUGGUGAGCUGACCAAUCUUAGGAAUCUUCAAGUGAUGUACAAUUAUGACUCCAGUGCAGAUGGCGUAGAAAAUAAUCCUGAGACAAUCCUGGCUGCCUCUCUUAACAAGCUUGGCAACAGCAACCUCCGCACUCUGGAUUUUUUAGUUCAUUUUAGUCCUUGGGCCCCGUCAGCACUAUUCUGGAGUAACUGCUUCACACGUCCACGGCAUCUACAGAGCCUUAGCUUGUACAAGGUAUUAAUGCCCAAGCUACCAAAUUGGAUUGCGCAUGCUGACAGGUUGGCGGAUGCUGUGCUAGAGAUCCAGGAGCUCCAAAGUGAUGAUGUCCAGAGACUGAAGAUACAACUUGAUGCUCGCGAACAAGGUGCAAUGCAACUGCAAGGGGGCAGUCCAGUUGGUGGCAUUGAGCACCUUGCUAGCCUUGAAGAGAUCUCCUUGUUUAUAGUUGCCAAAUGCAAUCAGUGGGCCAAAAUAGAAUCUGGAUGCAGAGAUGCCAUCAGCAGGCACCCAAAAAGUCAAGCCAUAAAGAUUGAUAAUAUUGCUAGAACUUGCAUAGAUGGCUAG